UCGGGCAGGAAACAAGAAACCAUCACACGUUCACAGCAUUUCGUCUUGGGGUAGCAGAUACUGGCUUAUCCUCCGCGAUAAAGACAAAAGAGUUGCGGCAGCGGCACAGUGAAGGCACGAUACGGCUAAUAACAGUGACUAUAAAUGACUAGCGUGGUGAGCGAGGACGGAGCAGUGUCAGUAACCGUGCCAGUGGUAACACGGAGAGGAAGCGUGUGAAGUGCUUUCCUCUGACGCCAUGCAGCAGUGAAAGGAAAAUACACUUCAAAUCACUUCAGUUCAUAUAUAAGCACUUCACUGGAAUACGUAGAGGGAAUUCACACACGAAAACUCCAAGAAGAGGAAAGAAAUUAGCGGUAUAAUACAACAUUUUCGCAGAGUUUAAUAGAAAAGUUAUCAAACACUGACAAAAACGCAAGAGAGAAGAUUCACAUUGCUUAUACGCUCCGCCGGCCGGCACACAACACUGGACGACUUGAGGAUGGCCAACUGCACCGUGGACGAGGCCAUGGCGCCGUGGGUGGUGGUGGCGGUCGUCAAUUACAGCAUCGUCUGUGUCCUCGGCGGCAUAGGAAACAUCUGUUCGAUAUGGUGUCUGUACCAGUGUAAGCGGACGAAGCCAGCCAUGAAGUUCCAGCUGAUAUGCGUGUUUUCCCUGAUGGCGGCCUGCUGUCUCAUCACGCAGCCCGUCGUCAACUUCAUCUACUACAGCAACACCUUCUGCCUCCACGACAUCUCCCCGGUGGUCAGUUUCUGCUUCUCCGUCACCAACAGCGUUCUCCUGCAGAUGGAUAGAACCAUCUUCGCCACGGUAGCAAUUUUCAGGAUGGUGGCAGUGCGCUGGCCGAACAGAUACACGCAGUGGUGCAGGCUGCAGGUGGUGGUGGCGGUGCAUGUGGGCAUCGUGCUGUACAUCGUGCCCGUCUGGCUGGCCCUCGGGGGUGUCAUGGGGUUCCAGCUGUUCCGCGAAGAGGGCUCCGUCAUGGACAUGAAGAACAAUCGCGGGGGCGGCGCCUUCACUGUUACCAUCUACGUGCUGUACUACGCAGUGCCUUACCUCGUCACCCUUUCCGCCUCCAUCGUCAUAGUCAGACGCCUUCUGCAGCAGAAGCAAGUGUUUGGUAAUGUCGCUACAUCGUCCCUGGAUUACGUGGUUCGCUCCACCACACUGAUCAUCCUCGUUCUCCUCGUCAUGGACCUUCCCCACAUAGUCCUGCACACGUCCCAGAACAAGGGGCCGCCCUCGGUCAUCAUACACAUAAUCUUCGAGUAUCACCUCAUCGUCGUCCCGAUCAUCUUUGUGACCUACAACCCCAGUCACCGCGGCGCCAUGCUGAGGCUUCUGCACCGCUGCCUGCCACCAGUGUGCCGCCAAGUAUUGCCGCCGCCGCCCAGCCCCUCAGUGGCUAAGUGUGACACUGUGGAGAUGCGCGCCAGUCACAAGUUCACCACCAUAGCACAGUGAAUGGCGCGGUGGUCACUACGUGGCUCCUGUCAAGUGUCUGUCUCAAUAACCACCACAGGGAAUGCCAGCGAGUCAACAACAGCUGCUUGGGAACUAAGGGAUUCUCAUGCUGAUGCCAACUACUGGUUGUUUUCACUGUCAUAUUUCAUUGUUGUUCUAUCUUCCUUUAACAUGAGAAAGAAGAGAAUACAUCGGUGUUAGCUUUGCUCUCCUACUAUGAAUGUUUUCAGAGGCCAUACAUACGAUUAGCCACAUUCUCAAGUAUUUCUCCAGUUAACACAGUAGAGAUAUGGUUAAUCUAUCACUAAACUGAAAAA